GGGAAGGGAGGGCCAGGAUGCCAAGGGGCUUAGCCAAGACAGGAAGCCCCACACCCAGAGGCCUUAAAGAGAAAGCUGAGGCAGGGGCAAAGGAUGUAUAUUCCAGGAUUCUGCCUGCAGAGUCCAAGGAGAGGCACCUGCAGGAUGAAGGCUCUCCCCCUCCUCCUCGUCCCACUCCUGUGGCUGCUGGUGUGUGGCACGUCACUGUGUCCCAUGGAUGAAGCCCUCAAUGAGAAGAUCCAAGAUGCCACCAGUUUCCUAAUACUUGACGUAGUAAGGAGAGUUCGCCUGGACUGCCGGAGUGUCACCUCCAGGGGGGACCUGGUUACCUGCCCCUCAGGCUUCGCUGUCACCGGCUGCACGUGUGGCUCUGCCUGUGGCUCGUGGGAUGUUCGCGCCGAGACCACAUGCCACUGCCAGUGCGCAGGCAUGGACUGGACAGGAGCCCGCUGCUGUCGCCUGCAGGCCUAGUAGCCUAAAGCUGCACCUGCAUACGGGAUGGGCCUCGAGGGCGUGGCCAGCCUCAGAGGGGUGGGGUCAUGCCCCGGAGGGGCGGGGCUAGAAAUAAAGGCUGAG